AUGGGCAAAAAGCAGCAUCAAUCAGACAAGCUGUACAUUACCAGCAAAGAAUGGACAUCGCUUUACGGUGGAAAGCGCGCAAACGAUGAGUACCACAGCCACAGCGAACGUUCCGAGUUUAAAAGACUCCCGUACGAUCACUGUUCACUGUCACUUCAGCCGUUUCGUGAUCCGUACAUUACCUCCAAUGGAGUCAUCUACGAUCUCACCAACAUUGUGCCCUUUCUGCAGAAGUACGGCGUCGAUCCGUAUUCAGGGGAGAAACUGCAGGCCAAACAGCUGACCAAGUUGAACUUUCAAAAGAAUGCCGACGGAUUCUAUCAUUGUCCCGUGCUGUUCAAGGUUUUCAACCAGAACAGUCACAUUGUGGCCAUCAAGACCACGGGCAAUGUUUUCUCCUACGAAGCAGUGGAGCAAUUGAACUUGAAAGCAGGCCACUUUCGCGAUCUUCUCAACGACCAGCCGUUCACGAAAAAGGACAUUAUUGACAUCCAAAACCCGCAGCACCUGGACAAGUUUAACAUUAUGGACUUUUACUACAUAAAGAACAACUUGCUGUUGAAGAACGACGACGAGGACUCGUCCAACCUGAGAAAGAUCAACAAUGAAACAAAGGAGACGCUGAAGGAGCUGGAGACGGUAGAGGAGAAUGCCCUCCUAAAGAAGAUGGCCGGGACCAGUAGUGGUGCUGCUGGCCAAAAACCGGGCAAGGCUGACCACUUUUCGGCGGCGCACUACUCCACCGGUCGAGCGGCGGCGUCCUUCACUUCAACGGUGAUGGAGCCGGUGGUCUCCGUGGAGGCGGCCAUUCUCGAUGAGUUCGUCAUUCGCUACCCGUACGUGAAGAAGAAGGGCUACGUCAGACUGACCACCAACCUGGGCAAUCUGAACCUGGAGCUGCACUGCGAUACGGUGACCAAGACGUGCGACAACUUUAUGACCCUCUGCAAGCGGGGCUACUACGACGGCACCAAGUUCCACCGACUCAUCAAAAACUUCAUGAUCCAGGGCGGAGACCCGACCGGCACGGGGCGUGGCGGCGAGUCAGCCUUUGCCCGCGGCGAGCCCUUUGAGGAUGAGUUCAACAAGCUGUACAGCCACGAGGGCCGGGGCAUUCUCAGCAUGGCCAACAGCGGCCCGGGCAGCAACAAAUCGCAGUUCUUCAUCACCUUCCGCAGCUGCAAGCACCUCGACAACAAGCACACCAUCUUCGGACGGGUGGUGGGCGGACUGGAGGUGCUCUCGCGCAUGGAGGCGACCAAGGUGGACGACGGCGAUCGGCCGCUGGAGGCGAUCACCAUUCAAAAGACGACCGUUUUCGUGGACCCUUACAGAGAGGCUGAGGAGCUGAUUGCCAGCGAGCGGACAAAGAUGGGCGAAAGCAGUGGUGCUGCUGGUCUGCUACGGAAGCGACAGCAGGAGGAGGCGGCAAAGCCGAAGAAGGUCUUUCGCCAGGGCAUUGGCUCCUUUAUCAACCUCGAUGACGUCCACAAGAAGAUCUCCGGUGAAGGGGGCGGAGACGAGGCCUCAAAGUCGAAGAAGGCAAGGAGCACUUUUGGUAACUUUGACAGUUGGUAG